UGAAACCCGAAACUAUAACCGAUAACAUAAACCUGAUAACUAAAAUUAUUCAAUUGAAAUUCUCAAAUAUAACUAAUAUACACAAAAUGUUUUGGGUAUUUUUGGAUACAUGAUCGGGUCUUGGGUAAGACAUGGACUCGACAAACACAUGCGGGUCCAAAAAAUAUCCAAUAGUUACUUUGCUCUGGAUCCGGACCAAAUCCAAAUCUGUAUUUUUUUAGUUGGUUUCGGUUCAGUUUUUGGGUAUGAGUAAAAUGCUCAAGCAUAAGAGGGAAUUACAUAAAAGUAUGUACAUACAAAAUCUCAAAUAAACUAAUUCAUAAAUUAUAUAAUUUUAAAAAAAAUAUUCUUCAAUAUAAUACAACUUUUAACAUAAUAAUAUAUAAUAAUUAGAAUAUACUAUUUUAUUUCAAAAAAAUAUAUAAUCUAAAAUAAUCCACGUUUCGAAAACGCGGAUCAAAAUUUAGUAUAGGUUAAACUUCCACCUAUAUAGAUUGACCUUUUAACUCACCACACAGGAUAUGUCAAAUUAGAAAAUGCCAAAAAAGAUAAGAAAAUCAAUUUAGUUGUACGAAGACAGGUUAAACUAAGGUUGGAUGUUGAUGAGUGAAUAUUGUUGGGAUUGUUAAACCUCAUGUCCAACUCUCUAUUAUCUGAUUAGUACGAUAUUGUCCACUUUGGGCCUAAUUGGCAAGCCCGCAUGGAUUUACUUUUGGUUUCCAUCCCAAAAGGCCUCGUACUAUUAGAGUUGGACAUCUCUUUAUAUAUUAGACACUCCUUGUCUAAUUAUCCAAUGUGGGACUUGGAUUGUUAUAUCACAUUCUCCCCUUCAAACUAAGGAUCACAUUCAUCUCGUGUCCCACAACUGACUUCCAGGAUCUUCUGACUCGAUAUCUGCUACACACCUUUCAUUCCUAACUCAUAGGAUACCCAUUCAUCACUCAUUCAUCAUCCAAAGGGUAUUUCGGUCUUUCUUGCAGAUUUCUCGUCAACUGCGCUCUGAUACCAAUUGUUGGGAUUGCGAAAUCCCAUGUCCAACUCUCUAUUAUCUGAUUAGUACGAUAUUGUUAGUUUCUUGCGCCAAUUUUUUUAAUUAUCUGAACGUUAUCACUUAAAAAAACUUUAAACUAUAGAUUCAUGUUCCUUAUCAGAAUUAGAGAAGGAAUUAAUUGUUCAUGAGUUCCUCCGUAAAUGAAAGAGAGGAAUUAACACUGAAACUCAUUUGUUAAAAAAUUGACAAAAUUUUCAAUUUGAUUGGUAUCAAUUUUUGAGGAACAAUAAAUUCAUCACAUUCUUUUUCUAAAAUGUGGUCACCAAUUGAAGAGUAUACAAUGGAAAGGAAAAAAAAUGAGAGGAGUGUUUGAGGUAAUGUGAGAAGAAGACCGCUUCAAAAAAAUCAAUUUUUAAAAAUCGAGAAGUUAGCUUUUAAACCGAACCAACCUAAUUUGUUAUGUCUCAGUCAUCUUAGCAUCAUAAAUCGAAAUUGGUUUCUGUUUUUGAGAGAAUGAAUCACAUUUCAAUAUCUAUGUUUAAAUUUUUUAAAAUUAUUUAUUUAUGGUGUUUAAUUAUGAUGUAAACCUAAAAAAAAAAGAAAAGCAUGUAAACGAUCGUGUAACAAUAAAAAAGAAGCGAUGAGUCCAUUUAGAAAUUGUUUGUUUUCCCGCAUAUGGGUACUCCAAUUCUUUGGCUGGGGAACACAAAGGGUUACUUCAUCAGAGAAAGUGACAAACUGUGACAGGAAAUAUAUUUAGCUAUCCGGUUUAAACAAAUAUAUAUUCUUUGAUGGUUUUAUGAAACAAUUAUAUUGGAGGUCACUUUAUGUCUUUUUAUUACACUAUAAAACACUUUUGACUCCUGAGGUAGUUUUUCACACUGAUCGAUACAUAUUGAGCAUACAAAUUCCCAACAUAUCCUUUUUCUUCCUUUAUUUAUUUACUUUUUAUUCACUUUAGUUCUAUCCUAACCAAAAAAGUCAAAACACGUUGGUGGAUUGGGAAAUGCAAUUUUAUCUUUCUUCUUCGUUAUCUUUCUUCUUCAUCUUCUUUCUUCAAAACUCUAUUUUUUUUCUAAAUCAAAAUCUUUUUCUCCAAAAUCAUUUAUCCAGAGAGCUUAUCUUAAAUCAUUUAUCUAUGUUGUUUAAUCUAUAAUUUAAGAUACAUCAAGCUAUUGGAUCGAUGACAACAAAAACAUAGAUGACGGUGAAGACGUAGAUGAGAGCAAAGCUCGGUGAUGUAGACAGCAGCUGUAUCGUAGAUGACGGUGUAGACGUAGAUGAGGGCAAAGCACGGUGAAGAUGUAGAUGAAAGCGCGGUGACAUUGACAGAAGCUGUAUCGAUGACUGUAGAGAUGUAGAUGAUGGCGAAGACAUACCACAGUGGAGACAUGCGACAUCGACCAUAGACAACAACGGAGACGUAGACAAAAUUAACAGCAAAGACAUACGCGACAGAGUGCUGAGACUAAAGGAAACCAAAGAAAACUGGAAAUAACAAAAAUAGCGCCAAAAGGUUUGGUUUUCAGAAGGUUUUGGUAAUGAUGGCCAUAGGCUCAUAUGUAUUUGAAAUGUGAGAGGUUCUGAUGAAAAAAGGUUGGAGCUUGCAAAGUAUGUGAGUUAACAGAUGAGAGAAACUUGUAAAGUAUGUGAGAGGUUCCGAUGUUUGUAAACUAUGUGAGUUCAGUUGACGCAUGAGACAAACUUGAGAAGUCUGCUAAAGCUUGCGGUGAAGAAUAUCGCUUGAGGAUGUUUGUAAAAAGUAUCAUGUAGAUGUUGUAAUCGGCGUACAUGUAGCUUUUUGUAAACAAAUGUACAUCUGUACAGUCAAACAUUGUGUACACGUCAAUGGUCAAAUAUAAGUCUAAAUAUAUAUUAUAUUUUUUAUUAUAUAUGUAAAACAUUCAAACAUAUUCAACGUGUAUAGUAUACUAGUAAAUGUUAAUAUCCAUUAAAACACCUUUGAUUGUACAUUGGCUUUAAGUGUCCAUCUUUUCCUAUUUUGUACACCAAAACAUAUUAAUUUGUACAUGUGGAUACCGAGAACUCUGUGUACAUGUGGCUACAAUUUUACAGUAGUAUAUGCAUAUACUACAACAAUAUAUAUGAAAAGCACUAAUUUUUCUUCUCAGUAACAUAGGUCGAAUUGGAUAUGAAACCAUCCAUAUGAUUAUCACGAAUAGUGUAUUGUGAAUAUUGUUAACUGAUGUGUUUAGGCCUCUUUACUUUGUUCUUAGUGAUGUAUGGGAAUCGUUUACAGAGUGGAGUGCUUACAACUGAUUCUGAUUUCUUAAGCUCACCUCAGUCAAAGUACCAAUCAAGUGUUCAAGAUUAUAUGUAUGGGCAAUGCAACAUUUGAUAUUUUUUAUACAUGGCUUUCAUAAUAAAAAAAAAACCAUAAGAAUAUUACUUAGUACCAAGGCAUUCCCACCAAAUAUCGUUCACAUGGACAACUGAGACGUCCACAUGGACAAUUUACACAAGGCGUACACAUGGACAACUUAUAGGAGGCAUACACAUGGAUAUCUUACCUCGCCAAGCUGCCGUCAACUUAGUUCCAAUCUCUCCGGAUUUACAUCAUCUAGGUUCAUCUGCGGCUGAGACGUAGAUUGAGCAGGAGGUGGAGAUACAUCGGAUUUCUUAGCCACUUUCCCUUUGCCUUCAUUUGUACUUAUGGUUACAACUCGUUUUUAUGAUCUUUCUCUUGUGGUUAUUCUUGUGGAGGUUGAAGGUAGAGGUGGAGAAAAAUAAGUUAGAGUCAACGAAUCAAGACUUUUCAGAAAAACUCCACCAUCAAAACCAUUUUAUCGAGAGAGAGAGAGAGGAAGAAGGUGAUGAAAAAGAAAAAAAAAACAAUUUUAUUAAUAAAAAAGGUAUGGCUGUAAAUAAAAGAAAGAAAGAGAUAUUGUGCCUUUAAAAUAUUUUAAACUAAUUAAAUCUCUUUUCACACACCACAAAAGGUGAAUGUCGUCAGGGGUUAGUGCUGUCAUUUUACUUUCACAAACUACCUCAGUAGUUGAAUGUGUCUGAUUGUGUAAUAAAAAGACAGAAAAUGUCUAUUUAUGUUAAUAACUCUGGUUUUUUAUGUAUUUCGGUUUACUAGAACCAAACCGGUUCCAAACACUAUAUUUACGCCUUUUAGCUAUUCUGAGAAAUCAAUCAAGAAUACAACUUUAACUUGUUCUCCAAGUUCUCUUCUCUAUCAUCACCAGUCACCAUCAUCGCUUAUCAUAAUCAUAAUCACUGAUUCAUGGAUCUUCGUGGUGACUUUCUAUUCUCUUGAUCACCUCUUGGACCUUGAUUCUCCUAUCUUCGAGCUCACGGAGAGCUUCUAGAUCAGGAUUAUAUUUUCAUGUUACACAAACCUAAGACAAACCUUAAAGUCUUUUUCUGUUUGUUUUCGUUUUUUUUUUGGUUAAACAUAAAGUUUAGAGUUUCACGCUGUCACUUGAUAGAGAAAAGAGAAAGUAAUCAAAUACCACAAAAAAGUUUGCAUUUUUCCCAAGUUUCUUCAAGCAUACCCAUGAUUCAGUUUACCUUUUCUUUUAGUUGUUAAAGACCCACUUGCUCUUCCCUUUUCAUUUUAAAAAUAUAUAUAUAGCCCUUUUGCUUCUUAUUCAUGCCUUUCUUUCAGCUAGAUGUUUUCAGUAUAACCAAUCUUUUGUUCUUAAAAGGAUGAUAUUGGUUUGGGUUUUGGCAUCUCUGCCACACAUUCCUUGCCAACCCUUGUCUCUCUAUGGUCAGGUAAGGGUUUCAUCCUCGUGACACUUAUUUCCAGUAACUGAGAAGGCCAACAUGUCUUGCGUUUUGGUUCUGUUGAGCUUCAUUGUUCUUAGUGGUGAUGGGAUCAUUUCAGAGGGAGCUUCAAGGCCUCAUGUUGUUAAUGUUGGAGCAAUCUUCGGUUUGAACACUUUACAUGGUAAAGUUGCAAAUAUCGCCAUGAAAGCUGCAGAGGAUGAUGUGAACUCCGACCCCAGCUUCCUUGGGGGAUCGAAGUUGCGUAUAUUGAUGAACGAUGCUAAACGCAGCGGAUUCCUCAGCAUCAUAGGAGCGUUGAAAUUCAUGGAGACUGAUGCUGUGGCUAUAAUUGGUCCUCAGACAUCGAUUAUGGCUCAUGUUCUGUCUUACAUUGCAAAUGAGCUUAAAGUACCUAUGUUGUCAUUCACAGCUCUAGACCCUAGUCUCUCGCCACUCCAGUUCCCCUUCUUUGUCCAGACAGCACCUAGCGAUCUCUUUCUAAUGCGUGCCAUUGCGGAAAUGAUCAUUUACUACGGUUGGUCAGACGUGGUUGCAUUGUACAACGACGAUGACAACAGCAGAAACGGUAUAACAUCUUUAGGCGACGAGCUUGAAGGAAGACGCUGCAAGAUCUCUUACAAGGCGGUGCUUCCUCUGGAUGUUGUGAUCACAAGUCCUCGUGAGAUCAUAGGUGAGUUAACCAAGAUUCAAGGGAUGGAGUCUCGUGUAAUCAUUGUGCACACAUUCCCUAAAACAGGUAGAAUGAUCUUUGAGGAAGCCAAGAAGCUUGGCAUGAUGGAGCAAGGCUAUGUCUGGAUAGCUACAACAUGGUUAACUUCUCUAUUGGAUUCAUAUAGCCCUUUACCUCCCAAGAAGAUUGAAGCCAUUAGAGGGGUGCUCACUCUUCGUAUCCACACUCGAGAAUCAAGAAAGAGAAGAGACUUUGUGGCACGGUGGAACAAGUUGAGUAAUGGAACUGUGGGAUUAAACGUUUAUGGACUCUAUGCAUAUGACACUGUUUGGAUCAUUGCUAGAGCUGUUAAGAGUCUUCUUGAUAGUGGAGCUAACAUUACCUUCUCCAGCGACUCUAAGUUAACAAGCUUGAAGGGAGGAACACUUAAUCUAGGUGCCUUGAGCAUAUUCGAUCAGGGACCACAGUUUCUUGAAUUUAUUGUGAAGACAAAGAUGUCUGGUGUCACAGGUCCAGUACAGUUUCUUCCAGACAGAUCAAUGCUUCAGCCUGCUUAUGACAUUAUAAAUAUUGUCGGUGACGGGUUUAAGCAGAUAGGCUACUGGUCUAACCAUUCUGGUCUCUCUGUUAUACCUCCUGAGUCACUAUACAGCAAGCCUCCAAACCGUUCUAGCUCAAACCAACAUCUGUACAAUGUGACUUGGCCUGGUGGGACGUCUGAGACGCCUCGUGGAUGGGUGUUACCUAACAACGGGAGGAGAUUGAGAAUUGGUGUACCUAAUAGAGCAAGCUUCAAGGACUUUGUGUCAAGUGUUAAUGGAAGCAAUAAAGUGGAAGGGUACUCCAUUGAUGUCUUUGAAGCUGCUGUAAAACUGCUUCCUUAUCCGGUCGCUCAUGAGUUUGUCCUUUUUGGAGAUGGUCUCAAGAACCCAAACUACAAUGAACUUGUCAACAAUGUCUCUACAGGGGUGUUUGAUGCUGUGGUAGGUGACAUAGCCAUUGUUAAGAGACGAAUAAGGAUUGUAGACUUCACUCAGCCAUACAUAGAGUCAGGGCUUGUAGUGGUUGCUGCUGUCACAAAGCUAAAUGAUACUCCUUGGGCGUUCUUGAGACCUUUUACUCCUCCUAUGUGGGCUGUAACAGCAGCUUUUUUCCUCAUCAUUGGAUCAGUAAUAUGGGUUCUUGAACAUAGGAUCAAUGAUGAGUUCCGUGGACCGCCAGGGAGUCAAGUUGUUACAAUACUCUGGUUCACCUUCUCUACCAUGUUUUUCUCCCACAGAGAGAAUACAGUGAGCACACUCGGUCGUGUUGUGUUGCUCAUCUGGCUUUUUGUGGUUUUGAUCAUCACCUCAAGCUACACAGCUAGUCUUACAUCGAUUCUUACAGUGCAACAGCUUAACUCACCGAUCAAAGGAGUAGACACACUCAUGAGCAGCAGUGAACGUGUUGGGUUUCAGGUAGGUUCUUAUGCUGAAAACUACAUGAUUGAUGAGCUUAACAUCGCCAGGUCCAGACUUGUGGCACUUGGCUCUCCAAAAGAAUACGCUACAGCUCUUCAAAACGGAACUGUCUCUGCUAUUGUUGAUGAACGUCCUUACGUUGAUCUCUUCCUCUCGGAGUUUUGUGGGUUCGCUAUAAGAGGCCAAGCGUUCACUAGAAGUGGCUGGGGAUUUGCAUUCCCAAGAGACUCUCCGUUAGCUGUUGACAUGUCAACAGCGAUCUUAGGUCUGUCUGAAACAGGACAGCUUCAAAAGAUACGUGAAAAGUGGCUUUCGAAAUCUAACUGUAGUAACCUGAAUGGUUCACACUCAGAUGAUGAUCAAGAACAGCUUGGUCUCCAUAGCUUCUGGGGGCUAUUCCUUAUGUGUGGGGUUGCUUGUUUCAUCGCUCUCCUUAUCUACUUCUUCAAGAUAGUCCGAGACUUUUGCAACGACCACAAGCCUUUGGAAGAAGCUAUAGUACCUUCGCCAGAAAGCUCGCAUUCUAACACAUUGCAUACGUUUCUUGCUUACUUUGACGCGAAGGAAGACAAAACCAAGAGAAGGUUGAAGCGUAAACGGAAUCAUGAUCUCUCUGUAAAGUUUCCUAGACCAAUGCAUAACAACAUACCUCAUGAGUAUAGAAGUAAGAAAAGGAGAUUUUGAUUAUGUGAUUCUUCAAAACAUAUGACUUGCAGUGUACGGAACAUUGUUGACGCAAGAAGUUAGAAAAAAUUGAUGCAUACAUAAACUUGUAACUUGUAAGACAAAGCUCAAGCUGUAUUAAUUUGUAUUGGCAGAGUAUUGGUUUCAGUUGACAAACUGAAAAAACUUGAGUUGCCAAUCCGGUUUAAUUAACUUCCCAAACCGAAAGUUUAUUCACAGAAGCUGAACUGAAAUCAAUUGAUUUGUUUUCAUUUUUUCUACACUUCCAACAAAUUGGUAAUAGAAAUUAAACCAACUUAUACCCAUUUUAACCGGAAUUACUUUCAAAAAUCACUCGGAUUAAACAGAAAAUAGUGUGGUUUCUAUUUCUUAUAUAGAGAUUAAACCAAGACCAGCCAAUUAACCGGACUAUUCCAAGUAUACGGGUUGGGUUUGGCUUUUCUAGGUUAGUGGUUACUGAUUACUGAUUAGUCUUACUUUGAAAAAAUAGAUACUAAUAUAUUCAAAUGAAAACAUACUGAAACUUAUUCGUUUAUAGAAUGUACAAAGAAAAUACAUACAUCGAAAGACAUACCAAACGAUGUGAAAACAUUACAUGCUUAAUGGUUACUAUAGUAUACCAUUGAUUUAUUCUGUCACAAACUCGAAAGGUGUUCAUAACUUAUUCAUAAAAGCAAAACACCCCCAUUUAUUUAUUAUUAUAACAUAUAAAAAGACAUAGGCUUACAUAAGAACCCUUUAGUUGAUA